ACCGGGAACACCGGGAACACCGGGAACACCGGGACCGGGAACACCGCCGGGCAUCGCGCGGCGGCGGCGGCACCGAGGGAGCGGCAAAGCCCGCCGAGGGAGGCUGCGGGCGGCGCGUCCGGCCCCGGGGCGCAAACCCUCCUCUCGCUCCCCGCCUGGGAUGGAGAUUUCUUCUCACCAGUUUCACCUCCUGGAGCAGCUGAACGAACAGCGGAAGCAGGACUUGUUCUGUGACUGCAACAUCCUGGUGGAGGGAAAGGUCUUCAAAGCCCAUCGCAAUGUGCUGUUUGCCAGCAGCGGCUACUUCAAAAUGCUCCUUUCACAGAGCUCGAAGGAGACGAGUCAGCCAACAAUAGCUACAUUCGAGGUCUUCUCUCCAGAGACGUUCAUGGUUAUCCUGGACUUUGUGUAUUCAGGGAUAUUGUCUUUAACCGGUCAGAAUGUGAUCGAGGUGAUGUCAGCUGCCAGCUACCUGCAGAUGACAGAUAUUCUCAGUGUCUGUAAGACCUUCAUCAAGUCCUCCCUGGAUAUUAAUGAAAAGGAGAAGGAUCAUUACCUCAGCCUCUCGGCCAAAAGCACGAGCACUGAGCCUGCCCGUCCCGCCCUUUAUCGCUCCAGGAGGAAAGCAAAGAGCAACCCCCGGCGUUCCUACUCCGUCCCGGAUGAAAAGCCCGGCGUGAACGAAAACUCCUGGAGCAGCUACGGCAGCUACCUGUCCUCGCAGGUGAUUCUGCAGCGGGCAGAGACCCAGCUGUCGAAAAGAGGCAGAAAACAGGGCUCGGGCAGGAAGCGCCGGAAGCACCUGGGCCUGUCCCAGAGCCGGGAUUUGGGACAGGGCAAACCGGACAGAGCCGGCGCCUCGGAUUCCAGCCCCACUUCCAGGGUCGGGGAGGAGGCCGAGUUUGAUGCAGAGAACGACGUGGGUCGAGAUGAUUACGGGUGUCAUCGCGGCUCGGAGGCGGUACCCAAGAGAUGGUCUGUUACUCAGCUAGAACAAGAACUUUCCAGAACUCCCGAGUUCGUGGAGUUAAAGGCAGAAGAACUGUACACCUCGAUGCCCACGAUUUUGGGUGUAAUGAGUAGUUGGAACGAAGGUGACCUGCCCCGCAUGAGGUUCAAGUGCCCGUUCUGCACUCACACCGUCAAGCGCCGCGCGGACCUGAAGCGGCACCUGCGGUGCCACACCGGGGAGCGGCCGUACCCCUGCGAGGCCUGCGGGAAGAGGUUCACCCGCCUGGAGCACCUGCGCAACCACUUCCAAACGAUCCACCAGGCCGGCAAACUGAUCUGCAGGAAGUGCAAGCGCCAAGUCACGGAGCUGACGGGCUGCGUGGUCCAGCAAGGGACGCGGCGCUACAGACUGUGCCACAAGUGCUUGGCAGAAGCCAGUUUGGACAGCAGCACCCCCGAGGAUUUCGAUGCAGGACAUUCCCUUGUCUCCUCUUCCGCGGGGAACAAACGCCCCAAAUGGGCUCUGGAGGAGGAGGAGGAGGAGGAGCAGAAAUCAGAUGAAGAGACAGCGGAGGAGGAGCCGUAUAAUUUGGUUGUCCGACACACUAAUGAUGAUGUUCCAGAUGAGGUAGAGGAAAAGGUGAAACCAAAUCUUAGACAUGGAACAGUGUAACUGCUUCUAAAUAUCAUCCAGAAAGUACUGAGAAUCAUAAGAUAUCCUGAGUUGGAAGGGACCCACAAGGAUCAUCACAGUUCAUCUCCUCACUUAUUAUCUGGAAACUAUUUAGAAGAAUUGGGUUAUAUUUCAUCAAGGACUUGCCCAGAGCUCCUGCUCACAGUGAAAGCAGGAACCAACCUACAGUUCUACAAAGGUUCUGUAUGAUACAGAUUUUUUACAAAGCAAAGACUGCAAACUUGCUUUGAGAAAGUCUUACUGAAGUGAGCAGCUAAGAAACGCUGGCAUUGUAAUUAACUUGUACAUACACUUCAAAAACUUCCCAAGAAAGGAGCAAAGGAAACAAGUGGAAUUCUUCCUGCUGAAGAACUUAUUGACCAGAUCUUUGGUUUUUUUGUUUCUUUUUUUUUUUUAAGUGAACUUAACUGCUUCUUAGAGUUGAGAAAAGCAUGAUUAAAGAAUUCCCACAGCCAGAGUAGAGUAGUGACCAGAGCAUAUGUAGUGCACUUGGGUAGUAUGACUUUGCCUCUUUUGUACUGUGAAUUUUAUAGAAAGAUACACCAACGUGGUUCCAAGGAAAUAAAAGUGCAAUCACUGGAAA